AUUGAAUUCUGGAGACGAUGUUGGUGCCGCCGUUGCCCGCCGACGUCGACUGGGAAGGGCUGUCAUCCCUCGCCACGGCCCCCUCUGCAUUGCAUGCACUUUUGCGCAACUCCAGUGUGGUGCUGGACGUACCUGUGUCGGUAAUGGGCCAACCACCGUUGUUGUUUGCAGCGUCCAUGUACGACGAAGACAUGGCGAUCCUGAUCUUGUCACAGAGACAGCGCCUCCAUGUUGACGUCAACGCCGUGGAUAACCAUGGGUUCACGGCGCUGCACUAUGCUGCAGACGCCGACGCAGUCGACUUGGUACGCGCGUUGUUGCAAUGCGCUGACAUUGACUUGCAUGCCACGUCAGAAGAUUUAUCAGUACUAGGACACGUCGAAAGUGGAGGGCGAACCCCAUUGCAUCUUGCUGUCAUUCGUGGGAACCUCGCUAUCGUUCAGAUGCUUGUCGACCAUGACCCAACUGUCCUGGUGGAUCUCGAUUGGGACGAGAACUCUGCUGCACAUCUCGCCCAGUUGCACGGUCGCUCGUCGAUUGAACAAUUUCUUUGGACUCGAUGCUCGAACAAGGCACAGUGGCCGUCGUUGUCGACAGUAGGUCUCGAUGAGCUCAGACGUACGCAACAAACUGCUGCCGCUGCCCGAUACACUGCGAGCCUAUCGGUUCCACCGACCUUGGACAGAGUUCACGUGCUUCGGAACAUCUUGACCCCGGACGAAUGCAAUUUUGUCGUUCAUGCGUUGACAGCACACACGGAUCGCGUCGGGUGGCAGACUAAGCGGCACACGGCGUAUCCAACGACGGACUUGCCCAGUUACUCCCUCCCCCAUAUUGACGUGUGGAUGCAAGCAAAGUUGCGCAACCGACUGUUUCCUGCGAUCCAAGCAGCAUACGGCUUGCCACCGACGGCGUUGCUAUCGUUUCGGGAUCUGUUUUACGUCAAGUACGAAAAGGUCGAGGCAUCUGCCACGGUUCAGAACUCGUUGGGGCUGCAUUGCGAUGGCUCGAUCUUGUCAUUUAACGUGCUGCUGAACCGCCGGGACGCGUUUGUGGGUGGCGGAACCUACUUUGCCGCUACCAACUCGACAGUGCACAUUGAACAAGGGGACGCUGCAGUCCACAGUGGCCGAGUCGUGCAUGGAGCAGCCCCAGUGGAAGCUGGGAAGCGGCUUAUCCUCGUGGCAUUUCUCAACGUCCGUCAACGUCGAAAGAAGGAAUAGUGGACCAUCGCGCGUCCUGUCAAGCUUUGGCCAAGACAUGGAUGGGGCUGGCAGUUUGUAGGCACGGGGACUUGCUGUGAAGCAUACCUUUCGCCUGCCCGCAUCCCCUGCCCCAAUGCAUCGGCUGUAGCCUACUCUUCAUGCUUUGGUCAAGCAAAUUCAACCCCCCGUUGUUCUUGUGGCA